AUGCGUUGGUCACAAAUAAUUAACGCAAACGCACUGCGGGCGUACUUUAGGACAAAAGGGGAAGAAGCUGGAUGUUUGGCGUAUCGGGCUCGGAUGCAUCGCUUUUUUGCAGAGCUGGAGCCAUCUCUAUCCGUCAGUGAGCAAAACCUGGCAGACCGAGUUCGCUAUAUCCUGCACUCAAACGUAUUUGGUGACGCCGAACUCGAACGACUACGACGUAAGGCUGUUCCCUCAUCGGAUGGAAAUGCUACGGCUGGGAAUGAGGCGCCACUAAUUGCGCAGCAAACUGCAUACGUGGAUGCUGCCGUGGAUAUUCCAGUUGUGGUUGAAGUGAUGAUGGAAUAG